GAAAAUAGGUUUAUUGUGAAAGCUGAGAAUGGAAAAAGUGUUGAGAUAGCUGAAAACGAGGUUCGUGGAGAGAGCACAAUGCCAGAUAGAUUCAGGUAUUUGACCAAAGAAGCUCCUGAUAAUCCUGUUAGAUGGCCUUGGUUCAUAGAAUCGAGCACUUCCUCUUCUGUCCUUCAGUCUCCUCCUACGCUUAUUGACUCUUCUCAUCCUCUCUAUGUUCAUCCAUCAGAUAAUCCUGGUGUUCUGUUAGUGUCAGUUCCCUUUUCAGGGACGGGAUAUACUUCAUGGAGAAAAAAUGUUCUAAUUGCCUUGUCUGCUAAGAAUAAAGCUGAGUUGAUCAGUGGUAGAAUUCCACAACCCUCACCUACUUCUCCUCUUUAUGAUUACUGGGUAAGAUGUAAUGACAUGGUCUUUGCUUGGCUAAGCAAUUCCUUAUCCAAAGACAUCGCAGGCAAUGUUUUACACUGUGAUACUGCUAGGGACCUAUGGAGGGAUAUAGAAGAAAGGUAUGGACAAUCUAGUGCUAGUAGGUAUUAUCAAAUACAAAGGGAAAUUGCAGGGGUAUCUCAGGGUUCUUCCAAUAUUGCUAGUUACUACACUAGGCUUAGGAAACUCUGGGAUGAGUUGAGGACUGUUGCAUUUGGUCCAGCGUGCACUUGUGGGGCUGAGCCACAAUGCAGUGAUGCUUACUCCAUUCUUCUUCAUGAUGAGAGUCAAAGAGAAAUUCAACCAUCUGGUGGUUCAUUUCUCUCGGAGUCAGCUUCCUUUUCUGUGAAAUCUACAUCUGCCCCUGCUCAGUUCACUAAUGGUCCUAAAUCCUUUCCUCAGAAAGUCAAUUUUGACAUCAAAAGGACAACUAUUGUGUGCAAAUACUAUAAAAAGACUGGGCAUUCUGUUGACAAAUGCUACAAACUUCAUGGGUUCUCAAGUGAUUUCAAGUUCACAAAGGGCAGAAAGUCUGUUGCUUGUGCUCAAGUUGACACUUCUGCAUCAGAGGAUCAGCAGUUUUCUGAAAAUAUCACCAACAAUCAUGUCCAUGGGUUCAGCAAGGAAUAG